UUCUCUGCGAAUUCUCUAAGCGAAUUCAUAGCGACCUGUUAUCUGGGAUCCAUAGGACAUCAAAUCGUAAUCUUAUGAUAGGGUAACGAUUUGAUGAGAUUUUAACCUUAUGCUUAAAAGGUCAAAUUUUGACCUUUUCAACUGUAAUACCUCAACUGAGGCGCACGCUACCCCAAUAUUUAAAGGAAAUUCAAACUUGACUACCGGGUAUAAAACCAGGCUGCAAACAGUGAACAGAUUUGUCUUCUCACUCGGAAACCUGUGACAGUGUGACCUCUUGUCGAUAAUGAUGGACGUGUGAGGUGGUCUCGAAUUUUAAAUUAAAUUAAGUAGUUAGAAGAGGCUAUCCUCAAAAUCUUCCACACCGCAAGAAUUUGAAAUUUGCCAUUGUACAAGUUCAAAUAAAUAUGGAAGACAUGGUCAAAUCUUUCGCCAACUUGGGGCGGCCUGUUGGACGUGGUCAUAGUUCCAGCGGCCCCACAAUAACACGCUCAUUAAAAUACCACUUAUGGCUUAGCAAGGCUCACCUCUUGACAUAUCAAGAACGUUUUGUCCAGCUGGAAAAUGCCGAUGAUGUUCCCAAUUCAACGGAUUUUGUCCCUUCCAUACCCACGUACCCCGACAGUGGAAUAAAACUCCUCGAGGAAAACCGUGUCAACAUUGCUACCUUGCUCGCCCAUUUAAACCACACAAUUACCGACAAAUUCUUCCUCUGUCGUGUAAUCGCUCCCCCCUCGGCGACGUUGGGAAUCCUGCUAAUUGUGGAGGACCCCGAAGGUGAAAACGCAGUUCGACUCGCCCUCUACAACUAUUCCGACCUGACCGGUGACAAUUUGAGGUCUCUCCUCCCCGUCGGAUUAAUCCUGUCGGUGAUGAACCCCCUCCUCAAGGUGGGCCGGGAUGGCGGUCUUAUCCUUCAAUGCGACCAACCUGCCAACAUAAUCCCCAUUUCGGAAGCAACUUUUGCCACCACAUUUCCAACUCUUUCCUGGAACGGGGUUAUCAAUUCGGCAGAUAAUGAAGUGAAAGCCAUCGCCGCAAAAAACUCGGGGAAUAAGGCAUUCAUCGAGCAGAAAUAUUUUGACGCGAUUCUCUUCUACACAAAUGCACUGGAUCUUUCUCAAGACGUCAUUCUGAAAAUUGACCUCUUAUCGAAUCGAGCCGCCACUUAUAUCAAAAUUGGUUGCUAUCGGGUCGCCCUUAUCGAUACUGCCGCCGUUCUGGAGCAGGAUUCCAGCCAUAUGAAAGGAAUCUACCGACACGUUCGAGCUCUCUGGGGGCUCUGCAAAUACGAGAAAGGAUUAACAUUUUUGAUAAACAAAUUCAAAACAUUCCCACACCUGAGAAAGGAAACCGCGCUGUCCGACCUGGUAAAUCUGGGGGAACAAUUACACAUCCACAGUAAGACUGGGAUCUACGACAUGGUCAACAUUAUCAAGACGUGUGAAGAUGACCACAAAAAUCCCGACAUUGGUGAAUUUUUCGGGUACUUGCAAAUCACCGAGAUUUCAGGAAAGGGUUUUGGAACCGUGGCAAAGAAAUCCUUCAAGGCUGGCGAGCUCCUCAUGUGCUGCAAAGCAUUUGCCUACCACAAACCCGAUCAAGAUACUGACGCGACUGACGCCAAAUUAGAAAUCACGAAAAAGAUUAUGCAGAAAAUCGCACUCGAAAACGAAUUAAGUCAGGAAUUUCGCGACCUUUUCUCUGGAGCGGAAGAAGAUUUGCGUCCGUUCCAGAAAGAAGGUGACCUCCAAACGGUCCAGGAGAUCUAUCGGAUCGUAACGUUCAACAGUUUCUCCCCCCGGAAUCUCGGGACGACCGCGGACAUCAGCGGGAUUUGGACGCUCCCGGCCUUCAUUAAUCACUCAUGUUCCGAGGCCAACGCGUCCUGGUAUAUUUACGGAGAUUUCAUGUUCGUUCGUGCCGCGAGACCAAUUUCAGAGGGGGACGAGGUCCUCAUUGCGUACAUCAAUCCGGACAAUGAUUUCCCAGAGAGGACGGCCCUUUUUAGAGAGUAUGAAUUCACGUGCACCUGCCUCCUCUGUGAGCUUCAGGGGAAGGAGGACGGAUCAUUAAUCACGGAACGGAGAAAGCAGGUCUUGGAAUCCAUUCGACGUUCGGUGCAAGGGAACUAUUUGAAUCCAAAAAUGGCCAAAAAAAUUAUAAGAAAUAUUGUAGAGUUGGAUUCGCUACAAAAAGUGAAUCCAAAGUUGGAUGUGUUCUUAAUGGAUCCAGUAUUUAUGGGGCUAUCUACAAGACUCGUCGCAUUGGAGAUGUACCGAGAAGCUUUGACCAUCUUGGAAAAGGUUCACUUCGUCACUGAAGAGACCGUCAUGCCUUUGCCUGCAGUAUUUUCAUCCAUGACCAUCUUGUGGGUUCAUUUGACCAAUGGGGCGUCGAGUGCAUCAUUUAUUAAGAAGUGGAUUGAAAUUGUGAAACAUGAUUUCAUCGUGGCGUUUGGAUGUUUGGAACCGGCCCGGAUUUUUGGACCUCAUAUUUUAGACAAAAUGACAUUGAUGGGAUAUAAUUUUUUUGAAAGCGGUAAUUCUGGAUAAGUUUCUCGUCCUAUUUUCGGUGGAAGAUACGAUACGUUGUUUUUUAUUUAUGACUUAAAUAAUAGUAAAUAUGUCGAAUAAGUUGAAAAAAUUCAAUUUGAUCCGUGACAUGUAAAAUGUUCUUGAUGUGAGUGUGAGUCACAUCAUGUGACCGCUUAACGAUUUCAGAACUAUGUAUAAAACCUACUCCAAGCAACUUUGCGGGGCCUUUUAAGAUGGCAUUAUACCAUCUUGGUAGUUAAUGGCAACACAUUUGGGUGGAAAAGACCCCCACUGGCCAACUACUUGGCCGAUCAUGCCCAUCUCCGAACUCAUCCUUACUUUUGACCCGAAGAUGAAGUGUGCAAAAUUUCAAGUCGAUAGCUUGUGUUUAAAGAGAGUUAUCGUGCGCACAGACGGACGGACAGACAAACCUCUUGGUAAAUCUAUAAGGCCAUCUUAAAAGGCCUAAAAAUGACUUUGUUAUGGGAAGCAAUAUUUCCUAAAUAGUAUUAUUUAUAUUAAUAAACUUUUUUUAUUUCCAUCAA